UAUGGCAACGCUAUGCAUCAAUUCUUCUAACAGCGAGAUGUCAGAGGCAGAGGGCAGCAUACUACUUUCGCUUCCAAUGGCAGCAGCCGAUAAAGUUGAGGACGCGACCGAAUUGUUUUCGCGCCCGGUUUGUUCCUUCACGUUAACGAGCCAAUCGCCAUUCGACAGGCUUAUUCUAGUUCUUCCAAACGUCACAGAUUCUCCCGACACCACGUGCACAGAGCGGUCCAAUCACGAUCGGGUAGAGCUCAGACUUUUGAAUGGACCAAUGACAAACGAGGUCUAUCCAUCGGAGCCGUACUGGAACCUGUGCACAUCGGCGACUACGUCAUCACCAUCGCUAUCAUCGUCGAGGGCUAACUGGACCAAUCACACAGUGUUAACCGAAGAAUCCUUGUCAUUCCAACGAAUAUUCGUCACUUCUGGACCGAGUGUGGAUGUAUUCUUAGAUUUUUCCGCCGCUAUUGAUAGCAUUAUGGGUUACGCCAUGGACGAAUUAGACGGCCGCGAUAGCAUUUCAAUUUUUUACAAGUCUUUCAGUAGCAACGCACAAUUAGAAGAUGAUCUAUGUAUCCAAUGCACUUCGAAUGACUCAUGGGCCUGGCAAGCAGACAUCUGCUCAGAUAUAUAUCUCAACUGCUCCUAUCCAAUCCUUCCUUCAAGCGACGAUGCUCAAGACAAGAAAGUCAUCAUUAAUUGCAUUCCUCCAGAUAAAAUAUGUAAGAAGCCUAAGUCAGAGCUGAUGAGCAUCUUGAUGGCUGGUGUCAUCGUCCUCACCAUCAUCUUCGUAUCCUUCCACUGCAGUCCCGGCGGCAGCAGCCCAUCACGCCGUCCCGGCGCCAUGGACAUCAUGCUACGGGACGACAUCUCACGACGGGGCGGCGGUGGUCUCGGGGGAGGUCGUGCUCCGUUCGGGAAUACCUCGUACAAGGUCCAAGCACCUACUGUCGGCAAGGGACCCGUCAGUCAAGUAUGACGAAUGCCCCUCGGAUAGGGAGCAUAGUUUAUUUAUUGAAGUCCGCUUUACCUGCGCAACGAGUCUGUCCGAUUAUUUUUUUAAUCGCAUAUAAUCUAUCAUCCAAUCGCUGAACAGCACAGAG